AUGGAUGAGGAUGGAAAUACCAGCAUCUUCAACAUCUCCUACACCAACUUCUUCCUGGUAGGUUUCCCCAGACUGCAGGAGUGGCGGCCCCUCCUGGUCCUGCCUUUUACCUUCCUCUAUGUGACCAUCAUCUCUACCAAUGCCCUGGUCAUCCACACUGUGGUGGCCCAGUGGAAUCUGCAUCAGCCCAUGUAUGUGCUCAUUGCUCUGCUCCUGGCUAUCAACAUUUGUGCUGCCACAGCUGUGAUGCCUAAAAUGUUGGAAGGCUUUGUGCACUAUGCUAACCCCAUAUCACUCCAUGGCUGCCUGAGCCAGAUGUUCUUUAUCUACUUCACCCUCCUUCUGGACUACAAUCUCCUGCUAGCCAUGGCCCUGGACCGCUACAUGGCUAUCUGCUACCCACUCCGCUAUACUGACCUGAUGACCUCCCACCUGCUGGGUGUGCUGGCCAUUUUCGCCCUGACACGGAGCCUGGGAGUGGCAGUGCCCUUGGUGGUGCUAACUGCAAGAGCUCAAUUCUGCCGGACGGCAGUGAUUCAACACUUCACAUGUGAGUACAUCGCACUGCUGAGGAUAGCUUGUGGAGACUUGACCUUCAACAACCGGUUGGGGUUGGCUAUGCGGUUGGUCACCGUGAUCUUUGAUCUUGUUCUGCUGGGAACCUCCUACACCCGCAUCAUCUAUGUUGCUCUUCGGAUCUCUUCUAGGGGAGCCCGGGCCAAGGCCUUGCACACAUGUGGCUCCCACUUACUGGUCAUCCUCACCAUCUACCUCUCUGGUCUCUCCACUUCCAUUGUAUUCCGAGUGGCCAAGACUGUGUCUCAGGAUGUUCAAAAUCUACUUAGUGCUAUAUACUUGCUGCUCCCAGGAGUCUUGAAUCCUCUCAUUUAUGGGAUGAGGACUAAGGAGAUCCGGCAACAUAUAGAAAAGAUGCUCUGUGGAAAAGAAUCACCUCAGGAGGCUGGAGAGAAGCCAAAGAGGUUGCAGAACACCAGAGUGGAGAGGGAAUUGCCAGGGUAA